GAUUCAUGCUAUUCUAUUAUAUUUAUAUAAUAAAUAAUGCUUAGCGUAGUCAUUUAUUUAACAUUAUUUUUUGUUUCAAUAAUAUCAUAAGUAUCAUGGAUAUAAUUACUGUUGUGUUAGAUACUUUUGUACCAUAGUAUAAUUAUUGUUGAGCGACAGUUGUAACGCGGUCAUUGUGAGAGAUGGAGGCAAGUGCUGACUCUGCCCGCAUGUCGCCGGCGCGCGUGAAGGAGGAGGCCGAGACGAACCUGUCGGAAAUGCCCCUUGUUAAGGAGGAAGUCGAAUUUAUGGAUGAAGAGGGGCGUGUCAAAGAGGAGAUCUCGGACAGCGGCGACGGAUGCGGCGUGAGCGAGGCCGCCAUGCUGGCCGGCCUGUACGCCGAGCACGAGGUCAAGGACGAGCUCGUGCUGGGGCCGGAGCGCCCGCACCGCCCCACAGUCGGCCUGGUGGGGCACGCGCCUGGCUCGUGCGCGGUCAGGCUGGAGCGCCUGCUGCUGGACGCGGCGCGGCGCAGCUGCCGGGUCGGGCGCCGCACGUACAAGCUGCGCGCCGCCGAGCCCGCCGCCGCCGCCAGCUAUCAGUGCCACCAUUGCGGCGAAAGGUUCACGAACAAGUCGGUUUUAAAGAUACACGUACACACUCACUCGCCUUUACAUAACGCACCCGUAGGGGAUCAAAAACUGUAUAAAAAGGCUCACAUGAUUAUACAGACAGGUGGAAAGCUUUUCAGUUGUAACCACUGUAGCUACAAGAGUAGUUGGAAAUCAACUUUACGGAGACACCUGAUGACUCACACAGAUGAGAAGCCUUUCAGUUGUAACCACUGUGGCUACAAGACUCGUAUGAAAUCAAGUUUACGUACUCAUCUCAUGACUCACACAGACGAGAAGCCUUUCAGUUGUAGCCACUGUGGCUACAAGACUCGUACGAAAUCAACUUUAUGGUCUCACCUGAUGACCCACACAGACGAGAAGCCUUUCAGGUGUACCCACUGUGGCUACAAGUGUAAAAGAAAAGCAGAUUUACAUAGUCACCUGAUAAUUCACACAGACGAGAAGCCUUUCAGUUGUAGCCACUGUGCCUACAAGUGUAGUAGGAAAUCAACUUUACGUACUCAUCUGAUGACUCACACAGGCGAGAAGCCUUUCAGUUGUAGCCACUGUGACUACAAGUGUAUAAUAAAAGCAAAUUUACAGGCUCAUGUCAUGACUCACACAGACAAGAAGCCUUUCAGGUGUACCCACUGUGGCUACAAGUGUAAAAGAAAAACAAGUUUACAGACUCACCUGAUAAUUCACACAAACGAGAAGCCUUUCAGUUGUAGCCACUGUGGCUACAAGUGUAAAAGAAAAGCAGAUUUACAGACUCACCUGAUAAUUCACACAAACGAGAAGCCUUUCAGUUGUAGCCACUGUGGCUACAAGUGUAGAAGAAAAGUAGAGUUACGGAGACACCUGAUGACUCACACACAGCGAACGAAAAAACAUAGAAGACUAACGUCCAACAAAAUAUCAGCGAUGGAGGCGAGUGCUGACUCUGCCCGCAUGUCGCCGGCGCGCGUGAAGGAGGAGGCCGAGACGAACCUGUCGGAAAUGCCCAUAUAUGGCCUCGAGGAUAUCGACUUUGCAGAUGACCUCUGCCUUAUAGCAACCAUGCUUGAGCAACUCCAAGACAAGGCAGGAGACCUAGCAGAAGAGGCUGAAAAGGAAGGAUUGCGCAUUAACUACAAUAAAACAAAGGGAAUGCGCCAGAACACCACCAAUUCAAUCCCAAUGCUGAUCAAGGGAACCCUUGUUAAGGAGGAAGUCGAAUUUAUGAAUGAAGAGGAGCGUGUCAAAGAGGAGAUCUCGGACAGCGGCAACGGAUGCGGCGUGAGCGAGGCCGCCAUGCUGGCCGGCCUGUACGCCGAGCACGAGGUCAAGGACGAGGUCGUGCUGGGGCCGGAGCGCCCGCACCGCCCCACAGUCGGCCUGGUGGGGCACGCGCCUGGCUCGUGCGCGGUCAGGCUGGAGCGCCUGCUGCUGGACGCGGCGCGGCGCAGCUGCCGGGUCGGGCGCCGCACGUACAAGCUGCGCGCCGCCGAGCCCGCCGCCGCCGCCAGCUAUCAGUGCCACCAUUGCGGCGAACGGUUCACGAACAAGUCGGUUUUGAAGAUACACGUACACACUCACUCGCCUUUACAUAACGCACCCGUAGGGGAUCAAAAACUGUAUAAAAAGGCUCACAUGAUUAUACAGACAGGUGGAAAGCUAUUCAGUUGUAACCACUGUAGCUACAAGAGUAGUUGGAAAUCAACUUUACGGAGACACCUGAUGACUCACACAGACGAGAAGCCUUUCAGUUGUAACCACUGUGGCUACAAGAGUCGUACGAAAUCAACAUUACGUACUCAUCUCAUGACUCACACAGACCAGAAGCCUUUAAUUUGUAGCCACUGUGGCUAUAAGUUUAAAACAAAAUUAUAUUUACGGAGACACCUGUUGACUCAUAUAGACGAGAAGCCUUUCAGGUGUAGCCACUGUGGCUACAAGUUAAGAAGUAAAGGAAAUUUAUGGUCUCACCUGAUGACCCACACAGACGAGAAGCCUUUCAGGUGUACCCACUGUGGCUACAAGUGUAAAAGAAAAGCAGAUUUACGGAAUCACGUGAUGACUCACACAGAAAAGAAACCUUUCAUUUGUAGCCACUGUGACUUCAAGUGUAAAAUUAAAGCAAGUUUACGGAGACACAUGAUAACUCACACAGACGAGAAGCCUUUCAGUUGUAGCCACUGUGCCUACAAAUGUAGAAGGAAAUCAUCUUUACGUACUCACCUGAUGACUCACACAGACGAGAAGCCUUUCAGUUGUAGCCACUGUGCCUACAAGUCUAGUAGGAAAUCAACUUUACGUACUCAUCUGAUGACUCACACAGGCGAGAAGCCUUUCAGUUGUAGCCACUGUGACUACAAGUGUAUAAUAAAAGCAAAUUUACAGGCUCAUAUCAUGACUCACACAGACAAGAAGCCUUUCAGGUGUACCCACUGUGGCUACAAGUGUAGAAGAAAAGCAAAUUUACAGACUCAUGUCAUGACUCACACAGGCAAAACCCUUUCAGGUGUACCCACUGUGGCUACAAGUGUAAAAGAAAAGUAGAGUUACGGAGACACCUGAUGACUCACACACAGCGAACGAAAAAACAUAGAAGACUAACGUCAAACAAAAUAUCAGCGUAAAAGUGGCCCCACUAUUAAAACACGCAAUACUAAUAACGGACCAAUUGCAACUCGUCAAAGUUCAGGUCUUGUUUUCUUCGAUGAAACUUCAUUUGACCAUGAUUAGUCAAUUUAAACCAACCGAACUACGAUUGGUCUAUUAUAACAUGUGGCGCUGUGAUUGGCUGUAGCGUUGUCACUUGAAAAUACAUACAUGCCGGCGGCGGCGUGCGCUUUUUAAUAAUGUUUAUUUUCAGUAUGCAGAUAAGAAGAUGUCUUGGUUACUCUUAUAGCUGACCAAUUACGUGCUUUUUUGGAUUUCUGGUACAGUCAGCGUCAAAUACUUCGUAGCAGUCAAAGUAGCCAAAUAGUUCGGUACACCAUAUAUUUAGUAUGGUGUACCGAACUAUUUGGCCACUGACUGCUACGAAUUAUUUGACGCUGACUGUACUAGUCAGUGUCGGUAAAUGAGAUGUUAUAGACUAUAGUUGUUCAUAUUCAUCUGUUGGUAUGUGAGGUGUGCAAUAAAGAGUUAUUAUUGUAUAAUUAAUUCUAGUGUAGACAUUAUUAAAAAAGACUAUAACUUAAAAUUGUAUUUUAUGAAGUCUUCCUAUUCCUAUGGUUCCUAGGACAGUAUAGGAAUGGGUAGAUUUUAUUUUAGAAUGAGGUACUGUUUCUUUAGACACAUAUCAAUAGUAAAAAUUCUACAGUAAAUUCCAAUAAUUUAUGACGUAGCACGUAAUUCCAAGAGCUGCAAACGUUUAUAGGCUAUAUUAACCUUUUACUGUUACUGCUAGACUUUCAAAAUUAUAUUUAUAAUUAAAUACUUUGCUAAUAAAAUUCUUUAAUCAAUAUAAAUACAUUAACAAAAAAAAAAAAAAUUACAAAUAGGAACAUACAGAACAAAAAUAAUACACACUUUAAAUAUUGUCAUAGUUUUAUUUUAAUUGUAGGUAAUAACUAUACCGAUGUUUGUAAUAUUACUAAUAUUACAUUGCUGUAUUUACAAAACUAAUAACUGUAUUCAUUACAAGUGUAAUAAAUCAUAACAUUACAGUUGCCUGGUUAUCAUUUGGAGAACAACCUUUUAUCGCUGUUGCACUUUUCGUUCAACUAUCAGUAUCUAUCCUAAUAUAAGACUAGAGAGCCCUACUCAAUAACGUUGCGUUGUCAUCAGAUCAGCGCGCCUAGCCAAGAUGGAUGGCUAUCGUUUGCGCUACAACAACGGAACGCUGUCUUUACUUUAUCAUAUCACUCUUCGGUAUUAGUGCGAUAGAGAGACAUAGCGAUAGUCAUCUUGGCUAGGCUCGCAGUAAAUUCAGCACCAUUGUAAUCUGCGUGGAGUUUGGUGGUAGUACUAGCUUACACAUUUGUCUGUCUGUCAGUGUAGUAGUUAUUCGCUAGGGUCGCCACGACGGGUGCUACCCUCAUUUUGUGACUUUUUCUACGUUAAAUCUUAUGGAAUAAAAUCAGUUCAACCAGCUGCCGCUAGCAUUAAUGUGCAACAAUCAGCGCCAAGUCUCCCUCCUCCGACUUCGCGCCUUGCCAAUAGCUGGCGGCGGUCAGCGCAGUGUUGUCACAUCUACCAAAUUUUCGGUAGAUCUACCUAUUUUGCCUGCUUUCUACCUAUCUACCUCCCUCGGCCUGAAUUCUACCUAUUUUUCAAAAUGGUACAAUUGUAAGCAAUUCUCAAUACAUGUGACGGAACAUUACUUAAUUUCUACCGAAUUUCGAUUCGAUUUAAUGAAAGCUUGCCAAAGAAACAGAUUAUACAAGCAGGUUUAUUACCUACAAACAAUGGAAAUCCUAACUUUUGUUUCAAUUUCUUUAAUAAACACGUGUACUAACGUCACAAUAUUAAAAACUUAUAAAUAAUUCAUAACAUUUUAUACACAUUUUUAAUCAUAAAAAUGUACUUCUAUUAAGUGGUAGAUCUACCUAUUUUUCAUUUUAAACUCUACCCAUUUCUACCUAUUCUUGCACCCUGUUCUACCAUUUCGCCAAAAUUGUAUGUGACAACACUGG